AUGAAGCUGUCAGUGAUUGUUGCCACUGCUUUUGGAAUUGCUGUUGAUGCGCAUUGCAUCUUUCAGCGAGUGUCUGUCAAUGGAAAGGAUAAUGGUCAACUAGUCGCCUUGCGAGCGCCUGACAACAACAACCCUGUACAAGAUGUCAACAGCAACGAUUUGAUCUGUGGCCGGGCUGGUUCCAAGUCUCAGACGAUUAUCAAUGUUGCACCAGGAGAUAAGAUCGGGACCUACUGGCAGCAUGUCAUCGGUGGUGCUCAGUUUGCUGGGGAUCAUGAUAACCCGAUUGCUGCCUCUCAUAAGGGUCCAGUGAUGGCGUAUCUAGCCAAGGUUGACAAUGCGGCGUCCGCCAGCCAGACGGGCCUCAAGUGGUUCAAGAUUGCACAAGAUGGCUUCGACACGAGCAGCAGGAAGUGGGGAGUCGACAACAUGAUUGCCAACAACGGAUGGGCGUAUUUUAACUUCCCAACCUGCAUUGCUCCGGGCCAGUAUCUGCUCCGCGUUGAGAUCCUGGCUCUUCACUCGGCUAAGAGUCAAGGUGCAGCACAGUUCUACACGAGUUGCGCGCAGAUCAACGUCUCGGGCUCUGGGACGUUCACUCCAUCACAAACGGUCAGCUUUCCCGGCGCCUACAAGGCAAACGAUCCCGGCAUUCUGAUCAACAUCUAUGGAUUGACUGGCCAGCCAGACAUGGGAGGCAAGCCGUACACAGCUCCAGGCCCUUCGCCAAUCACUUGCUAA